CAUGAACCCAGGAGGCGGAGCUUGCAUUGAGCCCAGAUCACGCCACUGCACUCCAGCCUGGGCGACAGCGAGACUCUGUCUCAAAAAAAAAAAAAAAAACUUAUUUAAAUUGGAGAAUAAGAAUAUAUAAGCAUCUCCAUCCCACAACCAUAAACGAAUUGAUAAAUCAAACUGUAUAAAUGUAUAGCAAAUGAUUAUAUCAUGAGUCAUGAUACAGAGUGAUUUAUUCACAAUAGCCAUGUAAUAUGUGGGAUUUAAAAGGAACUGGUACAUUUAUUUCUACUGAUACCAAAAUCUUUUAAAUCUAUCAUUGAUUGAGGAAAACAACUUCGUUAGACUUAGUGUCCUGUAUGGUAAUAUUUGUGAAAAAUAUUAAACCCAGAAUAGAAAAAUUGCAUAUAAAGCCAGAGAUAGACCUCAAAUUUUUUUUAUUUUUUUAAUUUUUUUAGGUGGAGUCUUGCUCUCGUUGCCCAGGCUGGAGUGCAAUGGUGCAAUAUUGGCUUACUGCAACUUCCACCUCCUGGGUUCAUGUAAUUCUCCUGCCUCAGCCUACCGAAUAGCUGGGAUUACAGACAUCCACCACUACAGCCAACUAAUUUUUGUAUUUUUAGUAGAGACAGAGUUUCACCAUGUUGGCCAGGCUGGUCUCAAACUCCUGACCUUGUGAUCCACCGACCUCGGCCUCCCAAAGUGCUGGGAUUAUAGGCAUUAACUACUGCACUGGCCGACCUCAAAUUUUUAUGCCUGGAGAUUAGUAAAGGGCAUGGGAUAAUGAAGGGGAACUUUUAUUUUAUUUUAUUUUAUUUUUGAGAUGGUGGCUCAGUCUGUUGUCCAGGCUGGGGUGCAGUGGUGCAAUCAUGGCUCACUGCAGCCUCAACCUCGAAGUCUUAAGUGAUCUUCCCACCUCAGCCCCCUGAGUAGCUAGAACCACAGGCACAUGGCACCACACCUGGCUAAUUUUUAAAUUUUCUGUAGAGAUGGGGUCUCACUAUGUUGUCCAAGCUGGUCUCAAACUCCUGGGCUCAAGCGAUCCUCCUGCCUCAGCCUCGGAAGGUGUUAGGAUUACAGGCGUGAGCCACCAUGCCUGGCCUAAUUUUAUUCCUUAAAUAUGUUAGAAUAAGUGUUUUCCCUUGAGAGCUGUGAGUUUUUUCAGUGAAAAAGUAUUCAAAAGGUUUGUCAGUAUGUCCAUAAAAACGAAGAUAGGAGAGGAGGGACAGGACCUGGGAGGGCAACCUGCAGCCUGCUCUCGCUGUCCUUUCCUCCGGCAGUGUCUGCACUGCGGGUUGAGCUUUUCCCAGGGCGCAUUUUGCUCCUGGAGCCAAGUCUAGCAGAGCAGCCAUACAGUCAGGGUGGGGUGGGCCAGGCGGAGGAGCAGGCUGCAAAGGGGGCACGGUGGUGGCCUAGGGGUCUCAGGGAAGGGCUGUGGGAGCACAGGGGUGUCCUCAGUGCUAGAGCUUUCAGGGGCCUUGGUACCGCGAGCUGUCUCUUGGGGGCAGAAGGUCACUCCAUGCAGGGGCAGCAGGUGCUGGCCACCACAUUCUCCAGCAAGGUGACAGCAGAGGCUUCCUAGGGUCCCCUUCCUAGGAAAGGAGCCUGGGCUGCCCUGAUGGGUCUGCUGUCUCUCUCUCCCACAGGAUGAAAAUGAGACGCUACAAGCUCUUUCUCAUGUUCUGUAUGGCCGGCCUGUGCCUCAUCUCCUUCCUGCACUUCUUCAAGACCCUGUCCUAUGUCACCUUCCCCCGAGAACUGGCCUCCCUCAGCCCUAACCUGGUGUCCAGCUUCUUCUGGAACAAUGCGCCUGUCACGCCCCAGGCCAGCCCCGAGCCUGGAGACCCCGACCUGCUGCGCACCCCGCUCUACUCGCACUCGCCCCUGCUGCAGCCGCUACCGCCCAGCAAGGCGGCGGAGGAGCUCCACCGGGUGGACUUCGUGCUGCCCGAGGACACCACCGAGUAUUUCGUGCGCACCAAGGCUGGCGGCGUCUGCUUCAAACCCGGCACCAAGAUGCUGGAGAGGCCGCCCCCAGGACGGCCGGAGGAGAAGCCCGAGGGGGCCAACGGCUCCUCGGCCCGGCGCCCACCCCGGUACCUGCUGAGCGCCCGGGAGCGCACGGGCGGCCGGGGCGCGCGGCGCAAGUGGGUGGAGUGCGUGUGCCUGCCCGGCUGGCAUGGACCUAGCUGCGGUGUGCCCACCGUGGUGCAGUACUCCAACCUGCCCACCAAGGAGCGGCUGGUGCCCAGGGAGGUGCCGCGCCGCGUCAUCAAUGCCAUCAACGUCAACCACGAGUUCGACCUGCUGGACGUGCGCUUCCACGAGCUGGGUGACGUGGUGGACGCCUUCGUGGUGUGUGAGUCCAACUUCACAGCUUACGGGGAGCCGCGGCCACUGAAGUUCCGGGAGAUGCUGACCAACGGCACCUUCGAGUACAUCCGCCACAAGGUGCUCUAUGUCUUCCUGGACCACUUCCCGCCCGGCGGCCGGCAGGACGGCUGGAUCGCCGACGACUACCUGCGCACCUUCCUCACCCAGGACGGCGUCUCGCGGCUGCGCAACCUGCGGCCCGACGACGUCUUCAUCAUUGACGACGCGGACGAGAUCCCCGCCCGGGACGGCGUCCUCUUCCUCAAGCUCUACGACGGCUGGACCGAGCCCUUCGCCUUCCACAUGCGCAAGUCACUCUACGGCUUUUUCUGGAAGCAGCCGGGCACCCUGGAGGUGGUGUCGGGCUGCACGGUGGACAUGCUGCAGGCAGUGUACGGGCUGGACGGCAUCCGCCUGCGCCGCCGCCAGUACUACACCAUGCCCAACUUCAGGCAGUACGAGAACCGCACCGGCCACAUCCUGGUGCAGUGGUCGCUGGGCAGCCCCCUGCACUUCGCCGGCUGGCACUGCUCCUGGUGCUUCACGCCCGAGGGCAUCUACUUCAAGCUCGUGUCCGCCCAGAAUGGUGACUUCCCGCGCUGGGGUGACUACGAGGACAAGCGGGACCUGAACUACAUCCGCGGCCUGAUCCGCACCGGGGGCUGGUUCGACGGCACGCAGCAGGAGUACCCGCCCGCGGACCCCAGCGAGCACAUGUAUGCGCCCAAGUACCUGCUGAAGAACUACGACCAGUUCCGCUACCUGCUGGACAACCCCUACCAGGAGCCCAGGAGCACGGCGGCGGGAGGGCGGCGCCACAGGGGUCCCGAGGGAAGGCUGCCCGCCCGGAGCAAACUGGAUGAGGCCGAAGGCUAGGGCUGCAUGAUCUGAUAGGGCUCGUGGCAGGGCGGGGGUGGCGACGGCCCCUAGCGCUAUCUCCCUGCCUCCUGCCAGCUCCGUGGUUCUUGAGAGGACCAGGAGUGGGUGGGGAGUGGGAGUGGGGGUAGGGUUUCCCUACUUCACCCUUGUGAAUCAAGGGUCAGGUCUUUGAGCUCAGAAAACAUCCCUCCUGUUGGGAGAGGGCGCAGGCCGUGAUGGCUGGGUGGCUGUUCUGACUGCCAAGACUGCUGUGGCUGUGGCCAGGAGGUGCCACUGGAGUGUGUGUGGUGGUCCCUGGGUAGCGGGGGACGGCAGGCAGGGCUGGGGAAGACAGCCUGCAGGGUCCCACCAGGCAGCCUCUGGGGUGUGGCCAGACCAGGAAAAAAGCCCACCAUUUGGCAUCCCUGGGUCUUGGGCUAGGUGUGGGAGACCCGUCUGCCAGGAGGACCCAGGGCUUCGUAAGUAGAUGCAUUUGGGUCCAGGGGGAAGCAUGGACGCCUGGGAGGGAAGAGAUGAAAAACCACAUCCUACCAAGAGGAGGUGCUGAGGGAUGCUUUGCAGUGUUGUCAAGUGCUGGGCCAGAGGGAGACAGAACUCCACCGCCUGCCACAAAGGACAGGACCUGGCUGCCCUGAGUCUGUCUCUCUGCUCCCCUCAGGUUGUCGUAAGCCAACACAGGGGCCUGGAGAAUCCUGAGGAGCUUUCCUUUGGGUUCCAAACCGGGCCUUGACGUUCCUUCUCCCGUUUUUACAUUGCUGUCUUGUGGACUGUGCACUCAGUCCUUGCAAGGCCAGGAGUCCAGUUGUAAGUGGGGCCUUGAGGGGGAAUUGGGAAGGAGAAGACUGACAUGAGGCCUCUGCACGGAUCCGUCUCUCCCUCCCCAUCACCCCUUCCUUCUGACACCCAGUCCCAGCUGCAGUCACUAUUGUGCCCCUCCUUGGGGCAGGCUGGCUGGGGGCCAGGAAGGGGCCAUGAGGCUGCCUUGGGCCCAAGAAGGGACAAUAAGGCCAGUUGUAUGCUUCCUAUUUCUCAUAGCUUGCCUUGGUCGAGAUGUCUUUGUUGGAAUUGAGUCUAAGCUGCUGUGAUUAAGAGACCCUGAAAUACAGUGGUUUAAGCAAGACAGAAGCUUGUUUCUAAUUAGUCUAGAUUGAGAUGGCCCAGAGCUGGUAGGGCAGCUCUGUGUUUCUUCAUAGGCACCUUACAAUUCUGGGUACACAGUGGCUGCUCCAGCGCCAACCCUCCUGUGAGCAUCCAAGCCUGAGGGAAGCAGAAAUAGGCAAGAGGGGCACACCCACUUUUUGCUAAGGGCAUGAGCCAGAAUUGGCAGGCUCACCUCUGCUGGCCUCUCAUUGGCUGGGACUCAGCCACAUGGCCACAAGCAGCUGCAAGGGAACCUGGGAAGUGUAGUCUUCAGUGCAGCCGCCAUGUGUCUGGCCUCACCUUGGGAGUUCUCUUAUUGAUAGAGAAGAAGAGAAUGGUUAUGGGGGACCAGUAGCAUCUCUGGGAGAGGGGGAGGGGGCAGCAAUAAUUCAGUCGUCAGAUCCCGCUCUCAUUGUCAGAGUUUCCGGAAUAGCUUGUUCCUGUUCCCCUCACUGUGCAGCCCAGGGCGGGGGGCAGUGAGGAGCCUGCAGCUCUGUGGGAAGGGGAAACGCCCCCUCCCCUCGGCCCCUCAAAGGCUACCCAAUGAUGCUGGUUUGCAGAGCUGGCCUGUGGAAUGGCUCAUGUUUGUGCGUGUGUGUGUGUAUAUUUAUGGGCAUGGGUGCAUGCUUGGUGUGUAUUUGUACAUGUCUGUAUUGCUGUGUCCCUGUAAAUACAUGCUUGUGUGUGGAUGGGGGAGGCCAGGCCCAGGUGUCCUUCGUCAGGCCUGUGGCCACACCUCCUGCAGCUCCCCAAAAUGACUGAGGCGGAAAGCCCUUGGGGAGCCUAGAAAGCAAAGCUAAAGGGGAUGCAGGGUCUGUCCGUCUGUCUGUCUUUCAGUCUGAGGAAUGAGAAUCCUCCUGACCUGAGGGCUGUGCAGCUGAGAGCCCACUACCUCCCCAGCCCCUCUCAGCCCCAGCCACAUGAUCCCACCCGUCCCCUCCCCCACCUCCAGUGGGGCCAUCUCCGGUUGUCUUAUUGUUGGGGGUUUCCUGAUGGGCCAGAAGAGGAGGGCAUCUCCUUGCCACAGCUUUGUCUGGGUUAAGUGCCCAGUGAGGGCAUGGUGUGGGGGGCUGGCCUCAGAGCAGCCACUGGUGGGCAAGCGUGAAGUGGGCUGAGGGGCUCUGAGCCACUUCACUCCCAUCUAGGGGACUGCCCCCAUGGAACUCCUCCUUUGAAGUCACAGCAGCCUUCCUUUCUGUUUCCUCUUGGGGCCGAGAGGUGGCUCAAGAAGUCAGGGUCCCUGUGGCUCUGGGUCAAUCCAGGCCAGGCUGCAUCCCACGGACAGGGAGUCUCACGGCUCCUGAUCAUGCCCAGGCCCUAGCCUGGGGCCUCCCUCCUUGGCAGCUUCCUCACCCCACGCCCCUGGCACCCUCAGUUGCUGUGGGGAUGCCCCUCCAGGGCACCAGCUCAGGGCUAAGGGAAGGAAGACAGGAGCAGCUCAGAGCUGCCAGGCCCUGCCUUCCUCGCAGACCUGGUGGGGCAGGGCCUGUUCACAGCAGCAGGAGUGAAGGCCUGGCCAUCGGUGGAGAGGACAGCUGUUAGAGGGGUGGAGGCCAGGGCGUGGGGUUGAAGAGUUUCACAUAUCAUCACAGCAUACACUGGGAAUCUGGUGGAGGUAGAGGAACCCAGGGCCACUCCCUCAGUACAAAGGGAAACCAAGCUGAAUGUGACCACUGCUGCCAUGUGCCAUGUCCACGCUUCUCCCCGGGAAUAACUGGCCCUGAGACCCCUAGACCCAAGGAGGCCUGUCCAUGCCAAGCAUCCAGGAAGCAUGGCCGACCCUGUCCACCCAUGGGUUACGUCGGUUCCCGGGGCAGCAUGGGAGAGCUUUGGGGGCAAGAGGGAGAGUCCGGGUGGGGAGACAGGACUUGCCCAAGCAGAAGGCAGGACCCUGGGAAAUGUAUAAUUUAAGGACAUCAAUAAUAGUAUUAUUUUUUUUUGUAAGGGAAAAUCAAUAUGUACAUUCUGAAAUCAUUUUCUCUGUAAAUGGUUGGAUUUCAUUUCACCCUUAAAGGGAUGCUUAAAGGAGAAGAUAAUAUUAAUAAUAAAAACAGCUACAAAGUCUGAA